CUUUUGUCGCUGUUCGACUGGACGCGCUGGAUUGAAACUGCAAAGGAUGUGGGAGGUAGCGCAGCGGAUCAGAGGGCGUCUCGCAGGGUGGCUGCGCAAUCCCCACCAGGACUACACCCCGUUGUGGUCUGAUGCAUCUAACUCAAGACCACUUUCUCGAAAAUAUGUCCUCCUGGCACUUGUCCUCAUUGGCGCGUCCGCGUUGACCAACGUGAUACUGUAUGGCAAGCUUGCGAAGAGAUGGCCGGGCCCUCUCGAUAAUUAUCAACCACUAACGAUACAGCCAGUAGUCAACGACGACUUCCUGCGGACUCGAUCACCUCCUCUGAAUUCCAGCGAGAACGCCAUUGUAACAAGCUUAUACACCGACUCUUACGCGACCGCUAUUGCCACGCUCGGGCACUCGCUGAACAGGGCGAACAGCACCGCGAGCCGCAUCCUCUUCUACCUGCCCGAGAAGAUCUCUCCCCGCGCGCUCUGCAUCGCGACGGCCACUGGGUUCAUCCCCCGCGCAAUCACACGCAUUCCGCCCCCGCACGGUGGCAAGGGCGUGUACGACCACUUCAUGGACCAGUAUUCGAAGCUGAACAUCUGGACGCUCGCGGACGAGGGCUACAAGGGCGUCGUAUAUCUUGACGCCGACACGCUCGUCUUGCGCAAUUUCGACGAGCUGUUCGCGCUGCCGUACAACUUUGCGGCGGUUCCGGACGUGUACGUCGACGGGAUGGGGUUCUCGCUGGGGUUCAACGCGGGCGUGCUCUUUCUCCGCCCGUCGACCGAGGUGUUCACGGACAUGCUUGCGAAGAUCGACACGGCGUCGUACAAUAUGCACGAGGCGGAGCAGUCCUUCCUCAACCACUACUACGGCGCGGAGGCGGUGCGGCUCCCGUACGCGUACAAUGCGAACCUCGCGAUUAAGAAACGCAAGCCGGAGCUGUGGGCGGACGUGAAGCGCGAGGCACGGAUAGUGCACUACACGCUCGUGAAGCCCUUCUUAAAGGAGUGGGACAACUCAGGGAAGACGGUGGUGGAGAUCCGGCGUAUGGAGUCGAAUGUGCAGAACAAGCUCAGCGCGUUCGGAGGCAUGUUCAAGGAGGAGUUGUUGGACUGGGUAGGGAUCUGGAAGGAGACACGACGGACUUAUGCAGAUGUGUUGACAGUCUGUAGUGGCGCAAGUGCUACCCUUCCGAGUUCAUGA